CGAGUCAGUGCGCGGCGAGGCGCGCCAGCUGCCGCACGUCAUGAUUCUACCCCAGGUGAGCAGCCUCUCUACCUAACCGGUCGCCUCUAUUUCUGUACCUCUUCCACAUACACACACACACACACACACACACUCCGUUUUCCAGACUGGUUCUCCGAAUCACCCUUUUUUCUUCGAGGGAAUUUUAAUUUUUUUCGAUUAUUUUAUUCUUCGGGUGAGUGCAGGGGAUGAGUAAUUCGCGGAGUUGGCGGAUUUAUCGUCGUACGCAGAAAGCUUUCCGCGGUCGGGAAUAUGUACAAGUUCUUUUGCCUCCGCUUUGUUUAGCCGAGUCGGGCUGGCUCGCGUGACUUUGUUUGUCGUUCGAAUGAAAAAUUACCGGACAUUAACGAGAGAGUUUUAAAAAAGUCCGGGGAAAGUUGUUACUUCCCGGGGAAUAGACUUUGCUGCGCGCCGUUGUAAUUUCGCGUAAUAAGAAGAGACUCGGCGAUAGAUCGAUAUUUGAAUAUUUUCUGCAAAAUUUCACGAGUCACAGAGUUGAAAUCGCCGUAAACGAAUUCAAAUCUCCAACUGGACGUGCAACAAGUUCUCCGUACUUCCGCGACUCGAAAGUACUUUUUGAAACGAACGAUUUCCGGUAAAAAAGAAUCUAUAAAUCCGACGUAAAAGAGAGCUCGAAUCUUCGCCAAAAGGCGAAAACCUUUAUAUUUCUCCAGCGCUUUAUCAUCGUCUUUCUCUCGCAGUAAUUUCGUUCGCCUGCGCAGCUCUCUCGUGAAAAUCGCGAGCACGCGAGCUCGAUUUUUCUCCGCGGAUAAAAAUAUCGGUCACCGCCGACGUCCUGCCUCUUUUCUUUUAAUUUCUUCCCUUCCGAUCCCCCCAUACUCCGUAGCCCUCCGAGGAAGAGUAAAAGAAAAACUCUGACGGACUGUGUUUUCUUGGCUCUCUUCCUUCGCGAUCGCGGUGUUUACAAUUGUCUCUCGCAGUGGUACGAUGAAGUUGUUGCGACGACGAUACCCAUCAGUGAGGAACAGUGCGACAGAGUAGUGAACGACCAGCAGCGGCAGGCCACAGUGAACUCGGCGACGCAGCUUACAUGAUUAAAAUUCAACGAAGUGUUUACGGAGUCAAACAUGAAAAAUGUUUGGGAGAUUACACAAUCGCUUACUUAUUGACGUCGAUAUGAACGUAACUACUGUGCCAAUAAUGGAGCGUUGCUGCCACGAUAACGUCUACCCGACGUUUAUUGAACCAGUAUCGGCCCAAUAUCAGAGCAGCAACCAGACGGACGGAGAGGAGCUGCCGGAUGUCGCACUCUCGCUGCUCUCGCAGCUCCUAGUUGGUCUGCUACUGUUGCUGCUGAUAUUCCUGUCGGUGGCGGGCAAUGUGCUGGUCAUCGUGGCGAUCUGCACCGACCGGGCGUUGCGGAGGAUCGGGAACCUGUUCCUGGCCUCGUUGGCCGUUGCCGAUCUCUUCGUCGGCUGCCUGGUCAUGACCUUUGCCGGGGUCAACGAUCUCAUGGGCUACUGGCUCUUCGGCUCGGGAUUCUGCGACACGUGGGUCGCCUUCGACGUAAUGUGCAGUACCGCUUCGAUACUCAACCUCUGCGCCAUAUCGUUGGAUCGGUAUAUACACAUUAAGGAUCCGCUCAGGUACGGGAGAUGGGUGACGAAGAAAAUUGCAUGGGCGAGCAUAAUGACCGUCUGGCUGCUGGCGAUACUCAUAUCCUUCUUGCCCAUCAGUCUUGGACUGCACAGGCCAAACGAGCCGCCGGUGGUCCAUAUCGUUGGCGAAGUGCCCAUGCAGAGCCCACAUGUCUCGAUGUACUUGCAGUCGUAUCCGACUUGCGCGUUGGACCUGACGCCCACGUACGCCAUAGUCUCGUCCUGCAUAUCGUUCUACGUGCCGUGCAUCGUGAUGCUCGGCAUCUACUGCAGGCUCUACUGCUACGCGCAGAAGCACGUGAGGAGCAUCAGGGCAGUGACGAAGCUGCCCGAGCCCUCGUCCCUUGCCAAGAGCUUUCGCUCGAAGAGCAAGCGCACCAAGACGCCGAAACCGCCGACCAAAGCGAAGCCUACCAGUCCCUACCACGUGUCGGACCACAAGGCCGCCAUAACCGUCGGCGUCAUCAUGGGCGUCUUUCUCAUCUGCUGGGUGCCCUUCUUCUGCGUCAACAUCGUUGCCGCCUUCUGCAAGACCUGCAUACCUGAUCUUGCGUUUCAGAUCCUGACCUGGCUCGGGUACAGCAACUCGGCCUUCAACCCGAUAAUCUACAGCAUCUUUAACACGGAGUUCCGGGAAGCAUUCAAGCGCAUUCUGACGAAGGGGGCGCGCGCCCGCUAUAAUCAACCCUCAACGAGUGAGUGUGGCGAGUUUCGUUCGGUCGUCGUAGCAAGGCGCAACGGUUCUGUCGUGGAAUGCAACAUCAGUCCGCGCUCCAGUGCCGAUAGUUGUCAGGUCGGCACGAUCGGUCAGCGGCACCGUGACACCAUCGUCAGCGCCAUCUAGGAAUAUGGAUACACACGGUAGAGAGUGGGAGCUGUUUAUUCUCGUGUUUUUCUUUUUUUAAGGCUCCACAAGACAAUCAGUCAUGACGUUUUCUUACAUUUAAAAUCGAGACAUAUCUUGUUGCGAUCAGAGCGAAUAAAUUGUUGCUGUAUUUGUUUGCAGAGAGAAUUUUUAGGUUAGGGUACAGUUGAUCAGCUUUUGUGUUGUUUACGUCUGUUUGGUGAACUUUGAAUUACAGAAGUUGAUUUUAAAUACACGUGGUGACACAUAUGCGGCAAUCGAACAAGAGCUUUUAUGAUUUUGAAUUUACUGUAAAUAAGUGAUGAAGGUUUCCUACCUUACCGACGACUGUAAAUCAAUAUUAUCAAAAGUACAGUUUAUUUCAUAUCUUUGCUGAAAGUAUUAUACAAGAAAGUCUUUUAGUUUUAACAAAUAAAAUACAUAUCUGAAAAAUGCUUUUAAGUAUUUUAACAUUUAAAAUACUGUUUAGUACAAGUGUUUGAUGUGAUUUCUCUCAACUGUACUCUAACAAUGCAAAAUCUAAACAUGACUAAACUUUGCUUCGGAACUGUUUAUUUAUUGCAUAAACUAAAGAAAAAUAAUGAAAUUAAUAUAAUUAAAUUAUCGAAAUGCAAUGCGUAACGUGUUUUAUCGUAGCUUUAAAAUGCGUAACAUUAAUUUUUGACAAGCAAUUACAAUCGUGAUAUUUGCACUGAAUUCAAUGUUUAACUAUAGUUCUUUUACGAUAUUUUUAAGUCAAAAAAUGAUUACACUGAUAGCGUAUAAAGUAUUUUCGAAGCAGAAAUUAGUCGAACUCUUACUUUGCAAAGAGAUACAAACUGUCUUAGUAGACAAUUAUAAAUUAUCUUUUGAUUAGAUUCAUUUUCUUUACCUGCCGAUUUAAGUGUUUAUAUUAUAGAAGGUUCAUUUUAUAAAAACCACUCAAAGAGAUUAAAUGACUUUCUACUAAGAGGUAUGUUUGAAAAACGGAAAAAUGUUAAGAAAUACAGUGUUUGAAACGAUUGUAACAAACGGUUCGAUUUCCCUCAGCUUCUUGUCACACCGAAUAACGACUUCUGUAAAACCGGUAAAAAAAAUUCGAUAAGCCGAAAAAAGAUAAGUAAGUAUAAGAUUCGUAGAAAAAGAAGUUUGAUAGAUAGCAUAUACGUGUUAGUUAAUUUAAAAAUAAAAAAAAAUCAUAUCAUGCACAAAUACUGUUACUGUAUGUACAAAACUUUAUAAGAAUUUGAGUUAAUAAUCCAUCAAAGCUUAAAAUAUAUGUAUGUUAAAAAUAUCUUGAAACGUUUAAAAUAAUAACUUCUAUGUAUACAACUGUUAUGUAAAUAUACAAAAUUUUAAAUACUUCGUUACAAGAAAAUAUAAUUUAUAGUAAGUGAUCAAAGCAAUCGAAUCUCCCCUACAUUAUUUCGAGUAUGUAUCAACAUUAAAAUCAAUGUUAAAAUUAUUCACAAUAUGUCUUAGCGGAGUUCUGUCAGACUUAUCGAAUUUUUUCACUGCGUCGUAUACUAUUCAUUACUUUAAACUUCUUCAAAUUUGAUUUGGCAAUGUAAUGAGAAUUUCUGCGUGAAGUUUGCCGGUAAUCGCUGCGAUGAACAUUUUUUCUACUAUCGAAUCUUACUCUUAGAUCGAUUAAGUUUUAGAACGGUGUAAAUAACUUUUUUACUCGCGAUCGAUUGUAGAAAAUGUAGUUAGCUACAUUAUUAAGUUAACUUAUUUCGGUAUAGCUCGGUUGCGUUGAUUCAUUGAUAUUGAUUGAAGAAAAAUUUCAUGAAAACUUGCACUGUAUAAUGUUGUGAAAGUUCUAGUCAAAACGCUCAAGACUUGUAUAAUAUUACUCAACUAUAAGCGUAAUAUAUAAGUCGAACUUCGAUGAAGUCAGAAGUGGAAAAAGUAUUAUAAAAAUAAUAAACUAUAACAAGAUGUCAUCCAUUUUUAUCAUUACAAAAUAUAUUAUUAUAAAGGUUGAACAAUUUUAUCACCUUUUGCAACGAAGAUACUUAUUGCGUAUAAACAGCUUUUAUAUAACCGUAUCCAAUUUAUCAAGUAUGAGAAAAACAUUUUUACAUUUUUGCAACGAUAAUAAUUUUUGGAUCUAGGUACAGGGUAUCUAAACUUUAUCCACUUCUGAUAAUGUCGUAAUCUGUUAGAUGUAAGAUGAUGAUUUUUCGUGAAAUUGUUCUUCGCUUAAUGCAAACCGAUCAUCGGACGGUGCGACGUUGAACAGAAUAACUAAGCAAUUAACAGUAUUUUAGAAAGGCAAAAGCAAUGUGAUAUUCGUUUAAUGAAAUAAUGUUGCGAUUUUAAAUUUUAUAAUUUUCUCUUUAUAGGUUUAAAGCAUGUUUGUGAAGUUGUAUGAAUAAAUUUUCAUUAAGAUACAUAUGGUUUAAGAAAAAAUACAAGAUAUUUGCACGCGAUCCCGCUUAAAUCAGUAAAAAAGCGCAAUAUUAGCAAGGCUAAAGCGAAAAAAAUCAUUAAGUAAAAAGCACUGUGGUAAUAUGGGAUUGUUAUGUUGUAUAGAAAUAUACUUUUAGCCAUCUGAUCUGGAAAUCAUAUGAUGUAGUUCAAAACUGAAAACUACUAUUAUAUUAUUUGGAUGUAUAAUGAAAUCCAAAGGAAAUUUUUAAGGAUGCAAUAAUUUAAUAUCAAUCAGAUAACACAAAAAAUCAGUAAAAUAUAGACAUAUACUGCACCUGAUAUAAUCCAUAAUUAAUAUACUCGUGUACGUAAAUUGUUGUGAUAUAUGAGAAAAACUAACUCAUUUUGGUUUUUUCUAUGAAAUUUUUAUACUGUUAUAAAUUGAAUGUUGAUAGAGAAAUAUAAUAUUAUUAUUUUUAAACCCUGAGUCGAAUCUAUAUUAUUCAAUAUUAGUACAAUGCAGAAUUGUACUAUAAAAAUCUAUCAAUUAUUUAUUAUUUUAUUAAGGACUGUUCCGAAACCUGAAUUAUCAAUAUGAUAGUUGUCUUUGAUUUGAAUUAAUAUUCGAAGUAUUUCGAAAUUCAAUAACUAAAAACUUUGGUUUUCUUUACAUGGACAAAAAAUAGAGUAAAAAUCUAGCAUGCUAAAAGAUAUGUCGACAUAGGUAAUUUAAAAUAGCAAUACUUAGCUAUGCAUAAACGCUUAUUUAUUGGCGUCGCCAAGCGUCCUCGUUUUCCAUGAUUCUUGUAAAUAAUCAUUUGUAGUUAUUUUUCUAUUUCACGGAUUUACGAGGGUACAUAUACACAUAUAAAUAUUGGUUUCGUAUAAUUAAGCGUAUGAAACAAACAGAUGAGCUGGAGUGUUGCAAACAUACUGCUUUUUAAUGUUGGGUUUUCAUUAAUGAACAUAUAAGAACAGCGACAGUGAAUACAAAUAAUAUCCCAAAAAUGUAAAGAAUAUAUAAAUAAUUAACAAAGUAAGAUUAUGUAUAAAUAAAUUCGACUCAAUUCUGUACGCGUCACAUAUCCACAAUCGUCGCAUCCAGGAAGAAUCUUCGAACAACCGUCCGAGUGCGAAAAUAAUAAUAUAAAGGCUCAUACAGAACACAGUGAAUAGGUAAACAAUGAAUUCAAUACGAUAGUGCUUGUGUUCUUUGACUCUAUGACGUGCGUGGAGAAGGACGACUGUAGUGUGGGCGAGUUCCGACGAGCUUCCUACGAAUACAAGCUAACUCUAAUAAACGAUCGUACACGACACCACGAUGAGAUCGGAGGUAUUGCGUAAAAGUUCAUACUCCGAGUCUAUAAAUUAUUAGAAUUUUCUUGAAUCUGCUUUAUUAUUGAUUAAUAAUGUUAAAACCGCAAGGUUUUGAUUUCUUUUAUCCGUUUUUUAAAUAAAUUUUCUGUUUUUUAGGUCAGAAAUAAAUCCUCUCGUCGAUGUGUUGCGUACGACGUAUUUAUGUACACUAAAGAUAUAUUCGAAUGAUCGUUCUCUGUAAAUAUUUAAUAUAAGACAUCUGCGUGAGUUUAUGAAAAAAGAA